AUGUUUAACAGCUGUGGGCAUCAGUGUCGGUCAGCCUGUGCAUGCUGCUGUGAGGAAAAUGCCAGCAGGACAGAGGCAUUAGUCAGUACUACUAGCUCAGCAUCACCUCUUAUAGAGUAUGGGUUGUCUUUGAGAGGCACCAACAUUGACAGUAUAUCCCACAGUAUAAGCACCAUGAGAAAUGUGUUCAUUCAAAUUACCAAUUUCACAGACAGGUACACCUUAUCAAACCCAAGGACCUACACUAGCAGUGGAUAUUGUCUUAAUCCUCCUCAGCCUACAGUAGCAAAAAAGACCAGUGAAGCCUGCACUUUUACCAAAACACGCUCAACGGCACGUGGUUGUGCUGGAGUCCUGGCAUACAAGAUCCUUAAAGAUGAAGAGCACUUUGUCGGGGAUCUUGUCAUAAUGUUUUCUGUGCCGUUUGACUACAUUUGGUAUGAAAACUAUUUAGCUCUUGGAAUUUAUGAAAACCAUGUUUCAUGUAAUCCUGAUCUGUUUUCUGAAAUGUAUUACGAGAAAGGUACAUUCACCAGGGAAAGGGCUACAGGAAGUGAAGUCAUGUAUUCUGGACAAGGAGUUUGUGUGAAGGGAACAAUGUCCCCUGCAAGUAAUUCAAUAAUAAGGGUUGAAUUUCGAGAUUUUUAA